AUGAGUUUCUUGACUCCUCCUUCGUCAGAUCUGGAGGAUGAAUCUGAUAAUGAGAUUUAUGAUAAAGAUCGGGGUAGUUAUGAGUUUCCUAUGGAAGAAGAGGAGGAUGAUGAUAAGUAUUAUUCAUAUCAGUAUGAUGAUUAUAUGUAUUUGGAUGAUCAGGAGUUGGAUAAGAAUCUCAAGAUGCUUGGUGAAUGUGCUCAACCAAAUAAAGUCGCACCAGCAGAUGCCACCGCUAUUAAACUGGGAAAUCAGGAUUCUGCAAAUACAAAAUUCAUCUGGAAGAUUGAGAAUUUUCGUAGCCUGAUGGAUAAAGAGAAACACUACUCUGAUGUUUUCUUUGUUGGCAAUUAUCCAUGGCGUGUAUUUAUGUAUCCAAUGGGAAACGAUACAGAUCACAUAUCGAUGUACCUUCAAGUUGCGGACUGGGAAAAUUUGCAAUAUGGGUGGAAUAGGUGUGCACAGUUCAGUAUUGCGAUCGUCAAUCAAUUCGAUAACAGGAACACAGUGAGACAUCAAUCGGCGCCAGAACUGCAAUUUAAUGCGCUAUUCACUGAUACGGGUUUUCAAUUGUUCAUGCCUCUUAGUGCACUAUACGACCCUGAUAGAGGGUACGUCGUAGAUAAUACUUGUAUAGUUGAAGCAGAGGUUAAGGUCACGCAAGACUACUGGAACUUUUAUGAUUCUCGAAAAGAAACGGGUUAUGUUGGUCUUACGAAUCAGGGAGCAACAUGUUAUCUGAACUCUCUUCUCCAGACUCUAUAUCAUAUUCCUUACUUCAGGAAGGCGGUGUACAAUAUGCCAACUGAGAAUGAUUCGGCACCAGGAGGAAGAAUCCCUUCGGCUCUGCAGACUUUGUUUUAUAACCUUCAGUAUAAUGAAGAUAGUGUCGCGACAAAGGAGCUCACGGAAUCUUUCGGAUGGAAUAGACAGGAUUCUUUCAUGCAACGUGAUGUGCAGGAACUUAAUAGGGUUCUGUGUGAAAAGAUUGAAGAUAGAAUGAAGGGAACUGUUGCGGAGGGAACGAUACAACAUUUGUUCGAAGGUCACCAUAUGAACUACAUUGAAUGCAUCAAUGUGGACUACAAAUCUACUAGAAAGGAGUCAUUUUAUGACAUUCAACUUGAUGUCAAAGGCUGUAGGGAUGUUUAUGCUUCUUUCGACAAGUACGUGGAAGUGGAGCAUCUUGAAGGUAAUAACAAGUAUCACGCUGAUCAACAAUAUGGUUUACAGGAUGCAAAGAAGGGUAUCCUUUUCACUGACUUCCCACCUGUUCUCCAGCUCCAGCUAAAACGGUAUGAAUACGAUGUUAUGCGGGAGAGUAUGGUAAAAAUAAACGACCGGUAUGAAUUCCCCCUGCAACUUGAUCUUGACAGGGAGGCUCACAAAUACUUGUCUCCAGAUUCUGAUAGAAGUGUUCGCAAUCGUUACACACUUCAUGCUGUUUUGGUUCACAGUGGUGGGGGAAGUGGUGGACACUACUAUGCUUUUAUAAGACCAACACUCUCAGAGCAAUGGUUCAAAUUCAAUGAUGAGCGGGUAACAAAAGAAGAUACCAAGUGUGCAUUAGAGGAGCAAUACGGUGGGGACGGAAGAUACUCGAAUGCAUAUAUGCUCGUGUAUAUACGUGAAAGUGAUCGAGAUAAAAUUAUUUGUAACGCGGAUGUGAAGGAAAUUGACGAGUUGCAAGGUUUGAAAACUCUAAAGGUGUCAUUCCAUCAUGCAACAAAAGAUAUUAGACUUCCAAAACAUAGUACAGUUGGUGACGUGAUUAAUGAACUGAGGACAAAGGUUGGGCUGUCUCAUCCCAAUGGGGAACUUAGAUUGCUGGAAGUUUUUUCCCAUAAGAUUAGUAAGAUUCUUCCACCUAGUGAAAAGAUUAUGCACAUUAAUGAUCAAUACUGGACGGCGACUCUACGGGCAGAGGAAAUUCUAGAGGAGGAGAAGAACUUGAGUCCUAAGGAUCGCUUGAUUAGCGUUUGUCAUUUCACAAAAGAUGCAAAUGGGUUAAAGCAUUUCGGGGAACCAUUUUUGUUGGCCGUCCAUGAAGGAGAGACUCUAGAUGCAGUAAAACUGCGCAUACAGAAGAAAUUGCAGUUUCCUGACGAGGAAUUCGUUAAGUGGAAAUUGGCAUAUUUGUCAUGGAUGGGUCGAGUUGAGUAUCUUCAGGACUCGGACAUAGAUCCCAACCGUUUUCCUAAAAGUAAUUAUGGAGCUCGGGAGCGAUACCUUGGCUUGGAGCAUUCUGAUAGUUCCCCUGUAAGAGCAUAUGUAGCCAGUAAAAAUCUACAUAUAGGGUAA